AUGCAAACUACCGAUAAUUCAUCUGAUUUACUUGAUUCAUUAAAAUGUCCAAUUACUUAUGAAUUUUUUCGUGAUCCAGUUAUUGGUAGUGAUGGUCAUACAUAUGAACGAGAAAAUAUUGUUGCAUGGAUAAAACAACAUGGAUCAAGUCCAAUUACACGAGAACCAAUGGAUUUAAAUUCAUUAAGAUCAAAUCAUAUUGUAAAAAAAAUGGUUGAAGAAUUUCUAUCAUUAUCAUCACAAAAACAGUAUCGAUUUCGUCUUGAUAUCGAUAUAUGUAAAACUAAACCACGACCAAUAUUUCAAAGUCCUGGUAAAACAAUUUAUGAAGCAAAAUGGAUGAUGAAACAUGGACCAGAUAUCGUAUUAAUUAAAAUCGAUGGUGCAAAAGCUAAUCGUGAAGCUAGUUUCUAUGUAAAACUUAGUUGUCAUCCUCAUAUUGUUCGAACAUAUGGAUUAGUUGAUAGUAAUUCUUCUGAUAGUAUUAUGUUAGUUCAAGAAUAUGCGUCCGAAGGUGAUCUUAGUGAAUUAUUACGUAGUAAUAAUUUUCAACCAACAUUAGAAGUUUUAAUUGAAAUCUUUCGACAAAUUGUUGAUGCUAUGAUUUGUUUAGCGGAUAAUCAAAUCAUUCAUGGUGAUUUAGCUUGUCGUAAUGUUCUUGUUUUCCGAUCAAGUCCUACUCGAUCUACAGAAAUCUUAGUUAAACUAACUGAUUUUGGUUUAACACGAACAAGUUCACUUUUUUCUGUCAUUGAUUCACCUGCAUCGGCAACAUUAAAAAUGAUUCCAGUACGUUAUGCAGCACCUGAAUUACUCUUAGAUGCAUCUUCAUCUAAUUAUUCAGAAAAAUCAGAUGUAUAUUCUUUUGGUGUUCUUAUGUGGGAAGCAUGUUCAAAUGGUGCAGUACCUUAUGGUGAUAUAAAAUCAACGGAUACUGUCUAUCAAGAAAAAUUAAAUGGAAAACUACUUGAACGACCAAAUAUAUGUCCAAAUGAACUUUGGAAUUUGAUUGUACAUUGUAUACAACAACAACCAAAUGAAAGACCAAGUUUCAAAGAUAUUCAAGAUAUUUUACUUGAAUUACGAUUUGAAAAUAAACGAGAUUCUUCUAAUAGAUUUUCUCAGAUUCGUUCCAUCAGUUUCGAAAAACAAAUUAAUAAAACUUUACCAAUAAAUAAUACUGCAGAAGAGUCACAUUAUCAAUGGUAUAAUGAAGAAUGCUUUUCGAAAAACAAUGAUAAUGAAAAGCAAGAUCAUUUUCCUAUAUAUCAAAAUUUUGACGAGAAUGCAGAUAAAUAUGUUGUAUCAAAUGAAACGAAUACAAAUACGCCAUCUAGUGAUUAUUAUAUACCAUGUCAAUACUGUUUACAAUCGAUAAGUAAUGAUGAUUUUGAUAUGCAUAAGAAUGUUUGCAAUAUUCGUCGUCUUAUCUUACAACUUGUUCAAAUGGUUAUUCAAUUACCAUUUGUAGAUAUUACAUCAUGUGAAUACUGUCAAUAUAUAAUUCCAUUAAAUAUGUUAAAUAUUCAUCAGAAUACAUGUGGCGAAAAUUCGAUUAAUCUUCAUAAUCCAAUUCAAAGUCCACAACAUCUACAAUCAUCAAUGAAUAUCUAUGUAAAUUCUACUCACUUGAAACCUGUAUCACGUCCAAAUUCAAAGAUUGAAGAAAAUGUGUAUGCAAAUAUGAUCAUGCCAGAUGAACUAAUAAAAAAUUUAAUAUCUAAUUCUAGUACGCAACCUGAAACAUCGAAUCAAUCUCCUACUCAGCACGAAUCUACGAUCGCAACAGAACAAAAACACGCAAAAAGUGGCUUUCGAAAAGCUUUCUCAAGUUUUAAAAAGAAAAUGUUGUAA